UGCUACCUUACUGCGUAAUUGUUGCUUAAGAAGCAGUUUAUGAUCCUUCCCACUGCUAAAACAGGAAGCAAACCCUUUCUAAUUUUAUGCCAGCUGCUGGAAACAGAAAAGUAGCAACCUCCAGCAUUGUGAUGUCAGCCAACAACUGUCAGAAUUUUAAUAUGUGCGCAAAAUUCAGAUUGCUGACAUCAAUGAAGGGGAGGGAGAAGAAGCAACACAUCACCUACAUUACCUCAUGACAUUUGCAUAAUGGGUCCAGAGGCAGCACUCUAUAAGAAGGGAAGAACUGAUUCUCAAAAGGGAACUCAGCAGCAGUUCUAUUGGAUAUCUCCUGUGAUUCUACCGAGGAGAGCAACUUUGAAGCGCAGACGUGUAAGCAGCUGCAGAAACAAAAGUGAGCGGGAAGAACUCUUUAGAAACCUCAGCCAAGGACUGAAGCUCCCGUACAGAAGGACCUUCAGUCCCAUAAUGCCAUCGGCUCAACUGUUCCUUCUGCUAUUCUUUCUGGCUUUCACCAGUGUUUGUGUCAACUUGGGGCAGCCAUUUCCAGAAGACAGUGAGAAUGAAGAAAAUAAUCACUUGGAUGAUAUCUUCCAAAGGGCAGAAAACAUCAUCUUGAGGUCUAUUCUUACAAAGGUUGAAGAUGACGAAGAGAAUACCAACUAUGACCCAAGUGCUUCUCAGCUAAACUGGAUUUCCAAAAGACAGCACCCUGGAAAGAAAUCUCUAAAUGAUUUAGACAAGAGGCAGCACCCUGGGAAAAGGGAAGACGUGAGUGAUGGUUCCUAUGGAGAAACUCUGAAACGGCAACACCCUGGGAAACGAGAGGAAGACAAUGAAUUUGAACGCUACUUAGAACUGCAGAAGAGGCAACAUCCUGGCAGAAGGGCCCUGUGGGAUCUGUACCCUGAGAUCCCUAGCAACCAGCUAGCCUAUCUGAAUGAAUUCUCCAAAAGGCAACAUCCAGGCAAGAGAUAUCUGGCUUAUAGCAAACGACAGCAUCCUGGCAAGAGAAGCUGGGAGGAUGAGCUUGAUGGCAUUGAGCAGGACUCGGAGAAACGACAACAUCCAGGGAAGAGAUACCUGGGUUCAGAGAGUCCAGACUACCCUGUCCCCUGUGACCCCCAGGAUUCCAUCAACUGCAGCCAAGGCAGCUUGUUGUUGGAGCUGCUAGAUAGUGUCAACAAAGGCCAGGUAGAAGAGAAGCGACAACAUCCUGGAAGAAGGUCUUCAUGGGAUGGGGAAGUGGAGAAGGAGGAGUGAGAAAGGAGCAGCGAGUGAUUAUGCAUUGUUUACAUUUCUUUGAAUGAUACCCCCCCUUCCCAACUAUUCACGUUCCAUUCACAGCCCUUUUUGACUCUCUGCUUGCUGCCAUACCAUGCAGGUAAUUAUUUUGUUCCUCUUGGGAUUAUGGUCCAGACUCAACAAUGCACAGAAUUGUGGGUUUGAUUUUAAGCACUGAAGUGAGUUGUCUCAUUGCAAGGUCCAUGACCAGGCUUUCUCACAUCUUAAAAUAAAGUACAUUAAUAAAGGAUGAUUCCAAUAUUUCUUUUCUCUAUAGAUG